AUGAAUGUUAAUAAAGAAAAUUCUAAUAAAGAAAAUUCUAAUAAAGAAAAACAGGUGCAAAAUGUUGAAGAUAAAAUUCUUGAUAAGCGUGCGUCCUCGUUUAGUGAUUGUGAGGUAGUGCAAAAAAGUGGGCAGGCUAAUUUUGAAGCCAAUUUUGGCCGUAUGUCGGUUGAUGUAUUAAGGUUUCUGUGUCACGAGUUGGGGAUUGCAGAAGCAGGCUCAAAACAGGAUUUGGUAAAUCGGUUAGUUAGUGAGAGUAAGAAAAGGGAGGUCGUUAGUGAGGCGAAUGUAGACAAAGGAAAGGUGUUGUUUAGUGGUGACGGGGUUACUGCGUCUAUGUUUGGCAGUGCUGGUUCGUCGUCUUUUGAGCCUGUGGUUGGUUCAGCUAGUAGUCCACCUGACGUUAGGUCUGAUGAAAGGAGGUUUGUGCCAAAUACGUUGGGUAGUGAUCAGCCACAGGGUUUCUCAAUAGGGUUCUAG